AAAUUAAAGAAAGGGAAAACCUAAUUCUCACUCCACGCCUUUCAUAUUCUUGCCUGCUCCACUCCCCUCCCUCUUGCUCUUCGCGCCAACGCCAACGCCGACGCCGACGCCGACGCCGACGCCGGCGCCGGUUCUCGCUUCCGUUGUUCUGUCAUUUAUUCUGCUCGUGCCACCACUAUCACCUUCCUCCUAUCUCUCUACUGGUAUUCUCUCGAUCUCAAUCUCAAUCUAUGCCUUUCUUCUCUCUUCCAACCCAAGUUAGGAUUUUCAAACGAAAAAAAAGAGGACUUGCGUGAAAGAACAGCCUCAGCAUGUUUUUAGAUCAAGAUCAUGGUAGUGAAGAAACAAAAUCAUAUUUAGUUUCUUGCUUGCUAUCGAAAUGGCAAAGGAGGAAUUUAGGGUUUACAAUUCGAUGACGCAGCAGAAGGAAGUCUUCACCACGAAGGAGCCUGGUAAGGUUGGCAUGUACGUCUGUGGCAUCACGGCCUAUGAUUUCAGCCAUAUUGGUCAUGCCCGUGCCGCCGUAAACUUUGACGUCCUUUACAGGUACCUUAAGCACUUGGGAUAUGAAGUUACUUAUGUGCGGAAUUUUACUGAUGUUGAUGACAAGAUAAUUCGACGGGCAAAUGAGAGCGGGGAGAAUCCUUUUGCCUUAAGUGAUCGCUUUUGCCAGGAAUAUCUUUCUGACAUGGCUGAUCUUCAGUGCCUUUCUCCAACACACCAACCUCGUGUGUCAGAUCACUUGGAGCAAAUCAAGGAUAUGAUAACUCAGAUUAUAAAGAAUGGAUAUGGCUAUGCAGUUGAUGGAGAUGUGUUCUUUUCCGUGGACAAAUUUCCAAAUUAUGGACAAUUGUCAGGGCAAAAGCUUGAAAAUCAUAGGGCAGGAGAACGGGUUGCUGUCGAUUCAAGAAAGCGUAAUCCUGCUGACUUUGCAUUGUGGAAGGCUGCGAAACCUGGUGAGCCAAGUUGGGAAAGUCCGUGGGGUCCUGGAAGGCCUGGAUGGCAUAUAGAAUGCAGUGCCAUGAGUGCUCAUUAUCUUACGUUUAAGUUUGAUAUUCAUGGAGGUGGCAUUGAUUUGAUCUUUCCGCAUCAUGAGAAUGAGGUUGCACAAAGCUGUGCUGCCUGCCAAGAGAGUAAAAUCAGUUAUUGGAUGCACAAUGGGCAUGUUACCAAUAAUAACGAAAAGAUGUCCAAAUCAUUGGGUAAUUUUUUCACCAUUCGCCAGAUUACGGAAAGAUAUCAUCCAUUAGUUUUGAGACACUUCUUAAUAAGUGCUCAUUAUCGUUCCCCACUCAACUACACUGUCUCUCAGUUGGAUAGUGCAUCAGACACGGUUUAUUAUAUAUACCAGACUUUGCAAGAUUGCGAAGAUGCUUUAUCACAACAUCAAGGGGAAAACCUGAGUGACGGUUUGGGAAAAACAGGCAAAAAAGAUCCUGUUAGCUCUGCUGCUGAGGAAUGCAUCAUUAAUCUACGGUCUGAGUUUCAAACUAGAAUGGCAGAUGACUUGAACACAGCACAUAUAUUAACUGGCGCCUUCCAGGAAGCUCUCAAGUUUAUAAAUAGUACCUUAACUUCACUCAAGAAGAAGCAACCAAAGAAACAACAACUCUCGAUGAUUCAGUCCCUUGUCAAUGUCAAGAAGGAAUUGAGAGAAGUUCUAGAUGUUCUUGGAUUGCUCUCCACAUCUACUUACUCUGAAGUUUUGCAGCAGCUGAAAGAUAAAGCACUGAAGAGAGCAGGGAUGGUGGAAGAUGAUAUACUGCAUUUGAUUGAAGAAAGAACACAAGCAAGAAAAAACAAAGAUUUCGGGAAAAGUGACAAUAUCCGAGCCGAACUAUCUUCCUUAGGCAUAGCUCUUAUGGACGUUGGCAAAGAGACCAUUUGGAGGCCAUGUGUUCCUGUAGAACCGGCGGUGCUGGUUCCUCCAUGCGAACAGAAGGCCACUCAAGCAGAGCAAAAGCCAAUGGAGCAGCAAGUUGCUCAGCCACCAGCAGGUGAUGAUGCUCAGACAAACGAGGCGGAAAAGAAGGCAACAGGGCCUGCCGUCUGAUGUUUGUAUCUUCUACCUUUGUUGAGGCGAACCUAAACAUUUUGGAAGAGUGUGUAGCCUACAUACAUAUGUAACUUUAUUUAUACGUAAUUUAACUUAUAGGUUUAGUCCCGGAAAAUUAAUCCCAUCUAACUCCCUGUUAUUUGAGAUUUUCAUUUGAAAUAAUUAUGAGCCAAGAAGAAAUUGAUAGUUCAAA